AUGCGGGCGUACAACAGCGCGUUCCAGCUGGCCAGCAUGGGCUGCAAGGAGGUGCACCAGCCGGGCUGGAACCCGACAUUCACGGUGCGUGACAGCGUGUGCCACCGUGUCGGCAGCCUGUUGCCGGUGGAGGGCGCGCAGCCCCAGUACCUGCAGCUGUACUUAUUCGAGCAGGAACUGAAGACGCGUGCCAACAUCUUCACCACCUUGCGGCAGAAUGUCAUGCGGCUGCUCCAGGACAUGCUGCACGAGUGCAACGCCUACGUGCGAGGCCUGCGCUCGACGAUGGAGCUGGUGCAGCACGCCCCCGAUGACAUCAAGAUCAUCAUCAGCAUGAAGCGCGAGCUCGGCGUGACGGUCGAGAUGAAGCGCGAGCUCGGCGUGACGGCGCUGCAGUACCACGCGUUCCACCUGCGCUACAGACCCGGACACUUCAGCAUCAUGCCGCGCGACCGCCGGCUCUUCCAGCAGCUGCUGCACCAGGACGCCGUGCACACCGAGACCCUGCGCGGCGUAGCGGACGCGAUCAAUGCUGGUGACGCGCAUGGCGCCGCCAUCGGGCGCGUCGUGCUGCCGGCAACGUUUGUCGGCGGCGCACGCUACAUGGUGUCGAAGCCGAACGACGCCAUGGCGUACGUGUGCGAGUACGGUGGCGGGGACCUGUUCAUCACCGUCACCUGCAACCCGCUGCGGCCGGAGAUCACCGCCACGCUGGAGCGCCAGUACCCCGGACAGCACGCUCAAGACCAUCCUGAGGCCGUGUCGCUGGUGUUUCGCCAGAAUGUCCGGGCACUGAUGACCACUCUCCGGCAAGGUGGUGUCUUCGGCCGCGUGCGCGCCUCCAUCUACACCAUCGAGUGGCAGAAGAGGGGCCUGCCGCACGCGCAUGUCGUGCUCUGGCUGGCGCCGGAGGACAUGCCGCGUCCCGACCAGCUGGAUCACUUUGUGCGCGCCGAGAUCCCGGACGCCGACGCCGAGCCGGAGCUGCACGCCACCGUCACCACCAAGAUGGCACACGGACCGUGCGGCACCCUCCGUGCGACGGCGCCGUGCAUGGUGGACGGAGUGUGCAAGAAGCGGUUCCCGAAGGCCUUCCAGUCCAUUACGGAGGUGCACGACACGGGAUACCCCCGAUACCGGCGCCGCAGCCCCCGUGGCGGAGGACGCACGGCGCGGAUCUCCGGCCGGCCGGGCGGCGCCGUCGAGGUCGAUUCCCGGUGGUUUGUGCCCUACAAUCCGUUCCUCAGUCGCGCCCUGGACGGCCAUGUCAACAUGGAGAUCAUCACCCACGCCGUUACGUGCAUACGGUACGUCAUCAAGUAUGUCACUAGGGGCGGAGACCAGGUGAUGUUCCGGGUGUCGACUGGAGACGAGGUGGUCGACGAGAUCGUCACCUACCAGCAGGGCCGCUACCUGAACGCCAUGGAAGCGACGUGGCGGCUUCUCGGCUACCCCGUCCACGAGCACCAGCCGCCAGUGCAGCAGCUGCCCGUCCACCUGGGCGGCGACGACCAACCGCUGCGCUUCCGCGCCGGCGACAGCCCGCGUCAAGUGGCGGAGGACGCUGGCGCCGACAACAAGCUCACCGGCUUCUUCAAGCUGUGCGCGGAGGACGAGUUUGCCCAGACUCUGCUCUGCCACAGUGUGCCGCGCUACCACACGUGGCAGAUGGGAGCUCGGUGCUGGCGUCGGCGCCGCCGAGGCACGCCGCACCCGGACGUUGCCGGCAUCUUCAUCGCUGAAGACAUAGGCCGCGUCUACGCCGUCAGCCCGCGCGCCGGGGAGGCGUUCUUCCUGCGCCUACUCCUCCACAACGUGCGUGGGCCGCGCUCCUACGAAGAGCUGCGCACGGUAGACGGCCAGGUGAGCACCACUUUCAGGGGGGCAUGCUCGGCACACGGCCUGCUGGAAAACGAUCAGCGCUGGCACCGGGCCAUGGAGGAGGUGACCGUCGUCGCCUUCCCCCGCCAUUUGCGGCGGCUGUUCGCCGUGAUCGCAGUCGAAGGCCGCGCCAGCUGCGAUCUGCUGCGGCUGUGGCGCACCUUCCGGCACGCCAUGUCCGAGGACGUGCGCCGUCGGCUGUCGCGGGCGGGCGGCGGCGGCGGCGUCGACGACACCGAAGACAUCGACGAAGCCGACGGCAGCGGCGGGGACACCCAAGACACCGAGCACGAACCUGGUAUGCGGCUCAUCUACGCCGCGACCCUGCGCCUCAUCGGUCGGCAUCUGCGCCGCCUCAGCGGCCAGGUGCUGGCCGACGUCGGCGUGCUGCACCCGGCCGACACUCCAAGCCAGCCGAUCGCCGAGGACGGCGGCGAGCGCGUCGUCUACAACGAGGUCAUGCGGCGGCUUGACGCGGGCGACAGUGGUCCCAUGUUUCUGCAGGCACCGGGAGGUUCUGGCAAGACCUUCCUGGAGAACCUGCUGCUGACGGCUGUGUCCGGCGCCGGCGGCGAGGCCAUCACCGUGGCGUCGUCCGGCAUUGCCACCAGCCUCCUGGACGGCGGCACGAUUGCCCACUGUCGCUCUCACAUCCCACACCCCACUCCACCUGUACGACGCGUUCACCUGUGA